UUUGGUAAAAAAAAUGAUAAUAUUAUCUAGUUAUCUCUAAAGGUUUUUAUCAUUACUCAUGUGAUAUUAAAAAAAGACUAUUAAUAAAAUAUAUUCGCUAAUACAACAUAAACAUAUCGAAAGAUAAAUAAUACAAUUGAUAUUAAUAGAUUUGCAACUGUUAUUAGAUAUUUAGUGUCCACAUACUUCUGAGCGGGGGUGUACUGUAUGCAUCGCGCAGAUACGCUGCGCCGGGUCGCGAUCAUGUCAAAUAUAGACGUACGAUCAUUAUCUUUAUUAUAGGUUAUAGCUAUUGUUUUUCGAAAACAACACACUUAUAUAAUCAGGUACAUGUUAUACAUCAAUAGAUUCAGAAAAAAAAAUAUGUUCGUUUUGGUUAUUUUAUAAACUGCGAUUACAUUUAAAAUAAUGUUAUAAACAAAUUCUUUAUUAUAAAGAAAUUAUUUUUUUUGCAAAAUUUUGGGUCCGAUUUUAUAUGCAGAUAGAAAACCAUGAAACUUUUUCUUAAAAAGAUUUCUUCUAUCUAUAAUAGUUUCGGAGAUAGCCUAUUGCAACUGAAACUUUAUAUCAUUUCACCCCCUAAAUAUGAAAACGGGACAAAAUAAAAAGUAGGUAUAUCUUAUUUUUUGGCCCUUCAAAACAUAUCCAAAAAUCAAAACAAUCGGAGGGAGGCACCUAAAAAACAUUCCUUAUCAGUCUCUCUUUCUUCUUCAUCAAACUGUUUUUUCUACUUCGUCGACGCUUCGAAACUCUGGACGUAUUCGAAGCUGGUCGGACUUGAAUAUUUGGUUAUACGUACUUACAAUGUAUACCCAACCGAGGUGUCGAUUCUGUUUACACGCCGAGCGCCAACAUAGAAAGGGACAGCCAGUAGAGGAGAGAAAGAGAGGUCGAAACAAAUCGGAGAGACUAUAUGUAUCUUAUUUUCGCUCGCGAAAGAGCGAAUUAUGUUUCUCGCUUCGUUCAGAAACAGCAGAAAACGCCACCUCGUUUUCAUCGGCCAGCCGUGUCUCUAUGGGUAUUACCAUUUCUAUGCAGAAAAAUCUGCUGUAAUACCGACCAGCCAAAUCGGAGAGGUCGGUAUUACAGCAGCUACUCUCUGCAUAGAAAUGGUAUUACCAUUAGAUAUGCGGCAGCGAAGGAAAACUAGAUGGAGCUGCUCGUUGUUGACAUACAGUAUAGUUUCUUCUCAACAACAUAUACUGUAUACUUCUUCCUUGAGUGAUUCUGAAUGCUCAGCGUAGGAAGUAGUAGUAUUCUGUUCCGCGCCGCGUAUUACGUUUGUGUAGUGCGGUCACACUUCACCAUCGCGCGUGCAUAUACAAAUAGGAGCUAGGUUGGAGGACCCUCGGCGCCGCUGCGGCGCCUUGUGAGUUGCUCCGCGCUAUCGAGAAUUUGGAAAACUUUAACAAUUUUUUACGCGACAACGGUUCGUCUCCGGCAUGUGGCUCUUUUGAAGCUUUUUACCUACUCCUCGAGUAGAAUUUUUUAAAAUUAAGAAACACUUUGACCUUAAAUUUCGAGGUCAUAAUGGAUUUUGAGGACGGUUUUUUUUGCAAAUGUCCACCGAUCCAGAUGUGUACAAUAACCCCUGAAAGUGGCCCACUUUUGCUGGUAAUGUCACCUCGCUGCAUUACCCGUGUCUAUCCCCUUAAACCGAUAGUGAAAAGUGUAAAAAAAAUAGAAAACUUGAACAUUGUUGUUAGAGACACUAAGGAAAUAGAAGUUAAGAGCGAAAAUAAUAUAGGUAUCACAGUUAACCAAAAAAUCCAAGGUAAGAAAUACGAAUUUCAUCCUCAUGAUCAACACGUGGCGGCAGUCGAUGCGUUACAGUUAGUCGAGAAAUGCUUAGAUGAAAACGUAAAAUCAGACAUCGCGUUCUUUCAGAUACAAAUCAUAUUCAAAAACAGUACAAUUCCGCUUUCGUUUAACAAAAAAGCAAAUUAUAUUAAAAUAUUUAGAUUUUUAACACCAGACAUAAACCUAAUAGAGUCGAUAAAAAUGAUCUCUAAAACUAUCGCGGAAGUCAAAGUUAAAAAAGGGGAACACGGAAGGUUAAUUUUUAAUAAAUAUUCGGUUUUAGACAUUAACAGAUUCAAAAUGACAAUUCCUCACCGAGCAGAGGAGAGGGUGGGAGUGAUUAAAGACUGGGAUUUACCGCUGGAAGAUUUGAGAGAGGAGAUCGAGCCAGGGCAGGGAGUUAUCUCGAUAGAAAGGCUUAAAAAAAGGGUUAGAGUCGAAAAGAGGUUUGUAAUGAGGGACUCUCAUCUCAUUUUGGUUAAAUUCGCGGGUUGCAGUCUGCCGACUAAAUUGAUAGUAAUGGGAGAAGUAGGAUUAAAUAUCACACCGUUUGUUAGAAACAUAAGACAAUGUUAUAAUUGCCUGAAAUUUGGGCACAUAAAGAAAUGGUGCAGGAGCAAUACCAAAAGAUGUUUCAAUUGUGGAGAUGCUUUUCAUUGGGAAUGUAGUAAAGAAGCAAGAUGUAUAAAUUGCGAAGAAGGACACGGAGCAUUGAACAGGGAUUGCCCAUAUGCGGAAUUAGAAAAAGCCAUUACCAAAUUAAUAGCGUACAAAAACGUAUCAUUUCAGGAAGCUAAACAGCAAGCAAUGCUGGAACUGGGAUUUGUAGAUAAACGGUUAAAAUAUAGGGACGCAGAGGAACAAAAUGAUUUCUACGGGAACAAUAAAGACUUCCCUUCUCUUGACAGAUUUAAAAAGAAGAAGAUCAUAGUUGAGAAAUGGGAGGAUCAACCAUGUGAUCUACGUCACCCAUUCUAGAAACACGUCAAGCCCAAACAGCAAGCACGAAGUGACAGGAAUAAGGGCGAAGAAUAAGCCCAAAUAAGGAAGCCCAAAUAAGGAAAAGAACACCACGAUUGACAAAAGACAAAAACACACAGACUAUGAUAUUGAGCAACUUCUGCAAUGGAUCAAGGAAGAGGAACUAGAGGAUGUGGUUCUGAAGAGACUGAAAAACCGAGGAAGAUACAGCUCUG